AUCCUCCUUCAACUUCCCUCUCCCUCUCUCUUUUAGGAAUUUUCCUCAGAAAUUGGAGGACUCACACUCUUCUGGGUUUCUGCUGCAGCCAAAUCACCAAGGAGAUACAUACUACAACCAUGGAUGAUGAUGAAUAUGCCAAGCUCAUCAGGAGAAUGAAUCCUCCCAGAGUUGUAAUAGACAACAACGCAAGCGACGAUGCCACUGUUAUUCAGGUUGAUAGUGUGAACAAACAUGGGACUCUAUUGGAAGUAGUACAAGUGCUCACUGAUAUGAAUCUUGUGAUCAAGAAAGCUUACAUCUCUUCCGAUGGAGGUUGGUUCAUGGACGUUUUCAAAGUCAUCGACCAAGAUGGCAAUAAGAUCAGAGACACUCAAGUCCUUGACUAUAUCCAAAAGAGGAUAGAGAGCAACGCUGGGUGGUUCAUUCCACCUUUGAGAAGCUCAGUUGGUGUAAUGCCCACUGACGAAUACACAUCCAUUGAGCUCGCUGGAACUGACAGACCCGGUCUCUUGUCUGAAGUAUCUGCUGUUCUCACAGACCUUCACUGCAACGUUGUGAACGCUGAGAUAUGGACUCACAACACCAGAGCUGCAGCGGUUAUUCAUGUCACGGACAAUUCAACUCAUUCUGCCAUUACUGACCCGAUUCGCCUUUCCACCAUCAAGGAGCUGCUGUGCAAUGUAGUGAGGACAAACAGCGGCUCAAGAGCUGCGAAAACAGUCUUCUCUUGUUCUGAUACACACAGGGAGAGACGGUUGCAUCAGAUCAUGUUUGAUGAUAGGGACUACGAGGGAGUCAAAAGAGCAAGGACAUCGGCGUCAAGGCCCAGUGUCACACUAAUGAACAUUGAGAAGGAUUAUACCGUUGUUACCAUGAGGUCCAAAGAUAGACCAAAGCUUGUGUUUGACGUAGUCUGUACUUUGACUGAUAUGCAGUAUGUGGUGUUCCAUGGCAUGGUCAGCACAGAACCAGUGGAGGCUUAUCAGGUAACUACUCAACGGCCGUCUGUUGGGAUCUCUCUUCUAACAAUAAUAUGAGUGUUUUGCUGCAGGAAUUUUACAUCCGUCAUGUGGAUGGACUUCCCAUAAACUCAGAAGCAGAGCAAGAACGUGUCAUACAAUGUCUGGAAGCAGCCAUUGAGAGGAGAGCAUCGGAGGGUUUAGAGCUGGAAUUAUCAGCAGAAGACCGAGUUGGUCUUCUCUCAGACAUAACCAGAACAUUCCGAGAGAACAGCUUAACCAUUGUGAGAGCAGAGAUAUCAACGCGAGAGGGUAAGGCUAAAGACACGUUCUACGUUACAGACGUGACUGGAAACCCGGUUGAAUCAAAAAUCGUGGAGUCAAUCAGACAACAGAUAGGAGUAAGCAAGCUGAAGGUGAAGAAGAAGGAGAAGGAGCAUUGCUCUGUUCUUGGUACAAGCAGGCCUUCGCACGAAACAACUACAAUGGGGUAUUUGCUAAGUAACAUCUUCAAACCCAAGUAGCUUCAAGCUUCACCUAUCUCACUCAUAGUCAUAGAGUGUGUGUGUGCUUUGUAUAGGUUAGACAGAGUAGGGCAUCAUUUAAGCUGAUCGUAGCGAUCCCCUCUCAACAAGUCCCUUGUGUGUAAAUUUGUGUGAACAAAAUAACAGGAACUGCCUUUGAAUAGAUACGGCGUCAGUUAAUACCGUUGAUUAAUGGAUCCAGGGGACAUUAAUAAAGAUGCAAAGUGUUUACUAUUAUGAUUUAAUGAGAGCAUUCGAAAGAUCAAUAAGAGAUGAAGAAGAGGAAGACAGAGAAAGGUGAGCUUAAAACAACUCUCUCUCUAAUUACAAACUAUAAUCUAAAACCUGUCAUUACAGCCAUUGACUAGUUUCCUAAUCUUCCUCCACCACAUUCUCUUACAAGAAAACUUCAAAUAGAAAAGAAAAAAGAAAGCAGAGGAAGGGAUCAGAGCCAGAGAGCGCCGGCGUCUUUGAGAAGAGGAACGAGAGAGCCGUUUAUGUGAGAAGCCAUGACUCUGUCCAUAGCUCCAACCAGUUUACCGCCGAUGAAGACGACCGGGAGAGACCCUGGAGAAGAGGAGCCGGAGCAGCCGAGGAGACGAAUGAGGGCUCGCUGGAUGUCGCCGCCGUAGGGGUGGAGGUCGAGCUCGUGGACGGCGGGGCUGACGCCCAUUCCUCUGAAGAGACCCUUCACGGCGUGGCACAUGCAGCACGUGCUCACGCUGAAGAUCACCACCGCGCUCUCAGAAGCCAGGGACUCUAUACGAAGCAGACCAGUGUCAGCCACCAUCCCCAAACCGCCGAAUCCUAAGCUGCUCAUCUUGUAUGAUCCCCACGAUUCUGUCUGGUAUUGCAUCUUUGAUAUCUCUUCUCUUUCUCUUGUUACACUUUUGUUUGGAAAGAAACUAGAUUAAACACGAAUAAGAGAGAAAGAGGGAUUGGCUAAAGUUUGUUGGUGAGAAGAGAGUGAGAGCCAUGCAGAGUAUUUAUAGAGGCCUACUACACCUCUGAGUCUAACUCUGUUUUCCUCUAAUUAUUAGUAUUAUUGUUUCUUUCUUUAUUAUUU